CCACAAGACAAGCAUCGAAAAACAAUCAGGGCAACGCGCAAGCAGACGGGAUAAGGGCCGGGAUACGAUUUACUAUCUAAGCACAGUACAACCUGAGUGACUCCGCAUUGAGCGACAGACUUGAGGCCGAAGCCCUCCAUUGAACAGCAUCCCCUUUGCAAGAGACCAACCCAUCUCCCAAGCACAUCUCCCAAACCACCAAAGAUGUCAACAACGCCCGGCGCAAAAUCCCGCUCCAUAACACCGACAGUCUUCGAGCAGCAACGGGCAGAGCUCGUAAGAGAAAUCGCCGUGGGCAUGGAGCAAGUUCUCCAGAAUAUGAAUCGGCUCAAUCGGAACUUGGAGAGCAUCAUCUCUGUGGGGAAUGAGUUUGGCUCCGUCGAGGCCCUGUGGUCGCGGUUUGAGAAUUUUAUGGGCCAGCCGGCUGAGGGGACGGAGGCUCCGGAUCGGCGGAACGAGGGGGGGCAGCAGCAGGAGGAGGAAGAGGGGCAGAGUGAGCUUCGCGAUGAGGAGAUGAAGGAUGCUGAGGCUUAA